GUUAGAAAGUAUCUCGCUGUAUUUCUAGUUGAUAUAUAUGUAUAUGUAUAUAUAUAUAUAUAUAUAUUCUCUCUAAUCACUUUUCAUUAAUAUUAAUAUAUUUUUAAUAAUUGAAACCAGGGUUACAGUAAUUUAUCAUAUUGAUAUUCGAUUAUAUGUGUUGAAAAAAAAAGAAAAAGAAAAAGAAAAAAAAUGCAAUCUCUUAGACAAAGAAUUCUCAAUGUAACGAAGAAGAUGUACGAUCAAAAAAAAAAGUAUCUGAGCACUCAGGAAAUAAUCGAGCGAGAUGAUAAAUACGCUGCAAGACACUUCAAGGCCCUACCUGUGGUAUUAACCAAAGGUGAUGGAGUUUUUUUAUGGGACAAUAAUGGGAAACGUUAUCUCGACUUUUUAGCUGGUUUCUCGACCGUCAGUCAAGGUCAUUGUCAUCCACGUUUGGUCAAAGUCAUGAAGGAACAGGCAGAAAAAUUGACUCACACUGCAAGAGCUUUUUAUACGGAACCGCACGGUGAAUUAGGAGAAUAUUUAACGAAAUUAAUUGGCUACGAUAGAUUCAUACCUAUGAAUACAGGAGUUGAAGGUGGAGAUACGGCUAUAAAAUUGGCCAGACGUUGGGGAUAUAGAAUAAAAAAAAUACCAAGCCAAAAGGCAACGAUUGUGUUUGCUAAAGAUAAUUUUUGGGGCAGAUCGUUAGCAGCAUUGUCGUCAUCGACCGAUCCUAAUUGUUACAAUGAUUUUGGUCCGUACAUGCCACUAUUCGAUAAAGUACCCUAUAAUGAUUUAACCGCUCUCGAAGCAAAAUUUAAAGAAGAUCCGAACGUUUGCGCAUUCAUGAUGGAACCGAUUCAAGGAGAAGCUGGCGUCAUUAUUCCGAACGAUGGAUAUCUAAAAGGUGUUAGAGAUUUGUGUACGAAAUAUAACGUUUUAUGGAUCGCGGACGAAGUGCAGACUGGAUUAUGUCGAACUGGGAAACGUAUGGCGAUCGAUCAUGAAAAUCAAAAAGCAGAUAUUUUGAUUUUAGGAAAAGCACUUUCUGGUGGGAUGUAUCCAGUUUCUGGUGUCUUGGCGAACGAUGAGAUAAUGAUGUGUUUUGAAGCGGGUUGUCAUGGUAGCACUUUCGGCGGUAGUCCUUUAGGGAAUAGAGUUGCUUUGGAAGCAGUUAAAAUCUUGGAAGAAGAAAAUCUUGCCGAGAAUGCUAGGAAAUUGGGCGAAGUAUUAAAAAAUGAAUUGAGUAAAUUACCAAAAGAUAUUGCUGUGGAAUUCAGAGGACGUGGUUUGUUAGCCGGACUUAUUAUCAAUAAAGAUUUCGCCUCAGGUUGGGAUAUUUGUUUGAAAUUACGUGAUGCGGGUUUAUUAACAAGACCAGCACAUGGACAGAUUAUCAGAAUAUCACCACCAUUGACUAUUACCAAAGAUCAACUUGAAGAAGGUAUACAUAUUCUUACGACGACGCUAAAAAAUUAUAAAUAGGUUGUACAAUUAAAAAUGAAAAAUAAUUGCAUUAUAUCAAUAAGAAUUACCAAAAUUA